AUGCGAAGCAAUUCUCUAGACUUUAGCAGCUUCGAAGCCAUGGCUCCCCCUACCACUUACAAAAAGACCGAGAGGACCCAUGAAGAAAACCAGGAGCGAGCGUACAUUGCUGCCUCUCGGCGCACCGACCGGAGCCUUGAGGCUCGCGUUCAAUCGGCCCGUAUGGCCAGUGACAUCCAUAAAAAACGCACCGGCAAGUCCUUCCGCAUCACGGAAGAAAUCGUCCUGGCAGAAGAGAUGUACGAGGAGGAGGAUGACAUCUUGCCUCGCUCCUAUAGAGUCCUCGGUGGCGGCGUGCAGAAAACGCCCUCCGAUGUCAGCUCCAGAGUCGGCGAUUAUCUUUCCAGCAAGGUUGCCGUGUCCAGUCUACUGGCUCGCAGCAAUGCGGAAUGGAGGCAUCAUGAAGUGAACCAGAAAUUCGCCGAAGCAUUUCCCCACAUUCCUUCUUAUGCAGCAACUGCAUCGUUUCCCACCCGACUUCAGCAAGCGCAGCAGCCCCAGUCUGAACCUCAGCAGCCCCAGUCUGAACCUGAGGAGCCCCAAUCUCAACCUCAGCAGUCGUCUCCGCCACUGCCUCAACAGCAACAUCCGAAUCCGAGUCCGAAUCCGCAUCAACAGCAGCAGCAGACGCAGCCGCAUCAACAAAAGCAGCAGCAGAUGCCUCCGCACCAACCGCAGCAGCUGCAGCAGAUGCCUCCACAGCCGCCUCGUCAGCACUAUCAGCACCAUCAGCCGCUACUGUACCAGAGUUCCCAUUACCAUCAACAGGCUCAGCCCAUGUCCCAGCAGUUUUCGGGAAUGCCAUUCCCGGUGGGAUCUCUUCCACCUCCUCACCGGUUUUACCCUCAACACAGCUCUUCGCGCUUGUCUACCUCGGGUCCAGGUCAGUGCCCACCACAGCAACCGGGUUAUUGGAGACAGGACUCUGGCAUAGGUAUGCCCGUGUCGCCGCUCACCUUUGACCCCUCGUCACAACCUGAAUCGCCGCUUGGGUUGGGAUCUAGCGGUUCCGCAUUCACAUCAGCGUUACCUCCGGAAGCUAGAAUGAUGAUGGGCCUGCCCACGGGCUCUGAGCAUUCGCAGAACUGGUCGGGCAUGGACGGCUCGGUAAACACGUCCUACCUUGGUCGCGACAUCAAAACAGAGGAGGACGAUCGCCACAUUGAAACAGGGGAGGACGGUUCGCUAAGCGGGCCGUACCCUGAUCGCGACAUUAAAACGGAGGAGGAGGAGGACCAAGUCAUAUCUCCCACGGGCUACAACUUGGACAUGUCGAAUCCUAGAUGGUUGGCGACGGUCCAAGGAACGGACGAAUCGAAUUGGGACACGUUCAUGAAUGAUAACGCCUGGGCUGCUGAUAACCAGUGA